GCCACUGCUGGGAGGGUCCCUGAGCGCAGUGGGAGGGGAAGUGGGCCUCACCGGAGCGUUUGUCGUGACGGCACCGAGUCGACUUCCACGCGGUGUUCGCUGCUUUCUCCUUGCCCCCGGACUCCUAAGAAGAUGCCGAAGGCGAAGUCCUCGGCGAGUGGCCGCCGGCGCGAGCGGCAGGAGCAGCGCCGGGAGCUGAAGCGGGCCGGAGGACUCAUGUUCAACACAGGGAUUGGGCAGCACAUUUUGAAAAAUCCUCUAAUUGUUAACAGCAUUAUUGAUAAGGCUGCAUUAAGACCUACUGAUGUGGUGCUGGAAGUUGGGCCUGGGACUGGAAACAUGACUGUCAAGCUGUUAGAAAAGGCCAAAAAGGUAGUUGCCUGCGAACUUGAUCCAAGGCUAGUAGCUGAACUUCACAAAAGAGUUCAGGGCACGCCUCUGGCCAGCAAACUCCAGGUCCUGGUGGGAGAUGUAUUGAAAUCAGAUUUGCCGUUCUUCGAUGCUUGUGUGGCAAACUUGCCCUAUCAGAUCUCCUCUCCCUUUGUCUUCAAGUUGUUGCUUCACCGACCAUUUUUCAGAUGUGCUGUACUUAUGUUUCAAAGAGAAUUUGCUCUUCGUUUGGUUGCAAAACCGGGAGAUAAGUUAUACUGCAGACUCUCCAUUAAUACACAGCUUUUAGCACGUGUGGACCAUUUAAUGAAGGUGGGGAAGAAUAACUUCAGACCGCCUCCCAAGGUGGAGUCCAGCGUUGUAAGGAUAGAACCUAAGAAUCCGCCACCACCUAUCAAUUUUCAGGAAUGGGAUGGCUUAGUAAGGAUCGCUUUUGUUCGGAAAAACAAGACUCUGUCUGCUGCAUUCAAAUCAAGUGCAGUACAGCAGCUGUUGGAAAGGAACUAUAGAAUUCACUGUUCAGUACAUAACACUGUAAUACCAGAAGAUUUCAGUAUAGCAGAUAAAAUACAGCAAAUCCUAACCAGCACAGGUUUUAGUGACAAACGGGCCCGUUCCAUGGACAUAGAUGACUUUAUCAGGUUGUUACAUGGAUUCAAUGCAGAAGGUAUCCACUUUUCCUAGCAAUUUGAAAACAAUUUUUUUCAAGACCAAGAAAAAAAUGAAAUUAUACCUUCCUAAUAUUAUCCUGUAUGUUAAAAGUGGUUGAGUCUAUGUAUUCUUUUUGUUUUUAAGUGUUUUAAAUAUACUGCAAAGGACAGGGUUCAACAUACAUAAUGGUUUUCAAGUUCAAAAGCCGCAGAUAUGCACAACCAUACAUUUAAACUUUCUAAUAAUUUAUUGUAUAAAGAUGUUACUUUUUUAUUCAUUGUAUUAUGAAAUAUGAGGCCUAUUUUAGGCCUGCAGUUCAGUCAGUCACAAAUCCCUCCUCCUCCUCCUCCUUAUUCUUAUGUACAGUAAGUUACUUAACACGACUUUCCUUUACAUACCCUCCUCAUCCUAUAUAUUGUUGCAAUACAGACAAUGUUGCCUAUCUGGGUAAGCUGAGUCUGCUGCAAUUAUACAGUGUAGGCAUGCUCUCUGACUCUACCUGUGAAAUGCAGAAGCUUAGAAACAAAGUAAUAAAAUAUUACAUCUCUAUUUUCUUGGGGGAGACAAGAUCUACAAAUUUCAGAUUUAGAAAAAUCCCAGAAGGGUUUAUAAAUCAAAUGGGCUUUAUUAAUUUGGUGAUCUUCUUUUCUUUCAUGAGUGACAGGGUGUUUUUUUGAGGUUGACCUCAAAAAAUCUUGUCUUAGCCUUCUAAAUGCUGGAAUUACAUUUAUAUCCCACCGUGUGUAGCUUCAAAAUAAGUUUUCCAGUUUCAGUUUUCAGCUUUUUAAAAGAACAGCCAUUUCCCACAACUACAGUCUCCUGGUGGUUCCUUACUUCUGGACAAUUAGAAUUCUAGUACCUGGUACUUCUUUUUAAGCUAUUUAAAAUUUGUCAGACUUAAGAUAAAUGCUGUUUUUAUUUUAAUAAAUUAAACGUUUUAUUUAUAUAAGGAAAUUAUAUAAAUUUGGCUCUCUUUGUAACCAAAACUUAAAACGAAUGUUUCCAAUUAAUUUAGCUAAGGAUGCUAAGUAAACUUAAGAAUACAAGUGGUUUGCCUACACAGACAUUAUUCCCCCAAAAUCUGGCUUUAAAGUCAUAUAGUAAAUGUUACUAUGAUUUUGAGUAGUUAACUAUCAAUAGUUAAAAUAAUGUAUAGCAGCCUUGAAGUUUCAGAAAGUGCUAAAGAACAUUUAGUCUAAAACAAAAAAAAUUACUUCGCUGCAAAAGCUACUUUUGUUACACAAACAGUAACUAUUCUUAAGGGUUAAUUAUCUUUAAUGUCACAGAACUGUUUUGCAGAGUUCAUUUGUACAUACCAUCGCCACCUUUAGAGAAACAGUUCCACUUAACUAGGCUUUCUCAGCUUGUUUCCCUGUACUCACCAGCUGCUGACCUUAGUCCCCUUUACUGGUCUUCAGUUUCCCUUGUAAUGCUCAAUCAUAUUUUAGUUCUCAAGAUGUUUGCUGGUACCAGUUUCAAUACUUUGACUACGGAUUAAGAUUGUAUCUAUAAAGAAGAUUAUAUCUAUAAAGACCCUCCAAAGAUAGUACCUGUCCAGUGCCAUUAAAGCUAAACUGUUGUGCUUAA